AUGGCGGUCAGUGGCAGCUCCGAGCCUGCGCAGUUGCACAUUCUCAUCCCACAUGGAGUCCCUCGACCUCCUGGCCCGCAUCGAGCCGCGGCAUCCCCUAUUUGCCGUGGCGGCGGCGAUGGCGCUUGUGGCGGCUCUGGGCGUUCUUGUGGCCUUCCUCAUCCUGCAGGCGCGAGCCGGUGGCUCCUUCUUCAGCCGCAAGCCCCGUUGCAAGGUGCAGCGGCAGUGAGCCAACGUGCCUCUCAGCCGACGCAGGCCCUGAUGUCGGCCGCCCAGUCGUCCUCCGUGGAGCUCAUCUUCUUCGAUCUCAAGGAGGAGGCGCUGGCAACACUCUUCGCGGGAAAGCGUGAAUUUUGUCGACCUCAGCCCGUGCACCAUGCCACUUCGCCGGACGGUGAGGCCCUGGGCGAGGCACGUAAGCACAACUCCGCGCUGCAGCUGCUCGAUUUGCAACACAACCAGAUCGGCGACACGGGCGCCCAGGCACUUCGAGAAGCCUGCGACGUGCAGGCCAAGCUCGCCAUUCCAGUAUCAUGA